GCAAUCUUCUGCUGGACGACACAUCUCCGCCACCAGCGAGUGUUUCUCCGCCACCAGUGAGUGUUUCUCCGCCACCAGCGAGUGUUUCUCCGACCUUACAACUUCCACCAAUAAACCCGCAAGGAAAACCACUUCAUUGGAUCAAUAUGAUUGGCAAUUAGCGCCAACGUCGGCUGCGAAUAAAGUCUGCUUGUUGAUGUUUUCUGACAAGUUUCUCUGCACGUUUGCAUGCAGCGACGUUAGACUUCGUGCAAUAUAUCAAGUGGACACUUUUUCCUUUUGCACGAUCCCGAUAAUCGCUGCGAACAUGCAGGCACCAGUUGAUGACAUUUUCACACCGGGAUUCUGCAGCAAUGUGUGUCCGGGGCGCUGAGGGUCCCCCCGGCCUUGCAUGAGACUUUAAAAAAAAGUUUUGGUUUUUUUCCCCCCAACUGUUUUGGAGGAUUUUGCGUUUGGACUCGGGAUUUGCGUCGCCGACUAUGGCGGAUAAGAGCGAGCACAGAUCCUGGGACACAGCGGCCGAGGCUCCAUGACUCCACCUUCCAAUCUGCGAGGAAACUAACUCUCCGCCAGGGGAGGAGUGGGCUGCUCUCUCCGUGGAACACUCCCCUACAUCCCCUCCCGUCCCCCGAGCGGUGGGGGGACGAUCACAGGCCUCUGUGGAUAUAAAACUUUUUUUUUGUGGAUUUGUCCAAAAAUAUGGCCGAUAAUGUCUUGGAGUCCGGCCCGCCUUCAGCCAAGAGGCCCAAGCUGUCCUCGCCAGCUCUCUCCGUGUCUGCGAGUGAUGGAAACGAUUUUGGUUCACUCUUCGACCUGGAGCACGACCUCCCAGACGAGCUCAUCAGUUCCUCGGACUUGGGACUGACCAAUGGUGGGGACAUCAACCAACUCCAUACCAGCCUCGGAGGGAUCGGCGUGGGCGGAAGCCAGGAUGCCGCCGCAAAACACAAACAGUUGUCGGAACUUCUGCGUACUGGCGCGCCACCGCAGCAGGGGGGCACUGCCUCCAACAGCGCGGGGCCCGGGGCUUCCAUGGGCAUGAUGGGAGGCGUCGGCAUGCCCCCCGGCGCACCUCAAGUCCUGGGCCCCCACGGCCAGCAGCAAGCCGGACUGAUGCAGCAGGUGGGCAUGGUUGGGGGGGUGGCGUCGCUCAACCGGGCCAUUGCAAUGAUUGCUCCCCAGAAGGGCAACGGCGGACAGCACCAGCAAAGCUUGAUGGCGGGGCACGUCAUAAACGGCUCGUCGAGAAUGGGCUACCCAGGCGGCGCGGGCAUGGCUAACAACAGUAAUCUUUUAGCCGAAACACUACAGCAGCAGGGUCAGCAAAUGGGCCCCGGGGGUCAGCCGGGGAUACGACCACAGCAACCAGGAGCACUGAACAAGAUGAAUAUGAUGGCCAAUGCGGGCCCCUAUGGUGGUCCCUACGGUCAGUCUGCUGGAGCCGGGCUGAGCCCACAGCUCCAGAACAAGGCUGGAAUGCCCAACAGCAUGUUCAACAUGGACAAGAAGGUCUCAGCGGGUCAAGGCAUGCCUGGAAUGAACUCCCAGCAGCAGCCUGCAGGCGUCGGCGGCGCGGCAGCAGCCCAGGUGGGACUCGGUGCUGUGGGGGCAGGUCCCUGCUCAGCGCCCCCUACAGCAGACCCGGAGAAGCGUAAGCUGAUUCAACAGCAGCUGGUCCUCUUGCUUCACGCACACAAGUGCCAACGCAGGGAGCAGGCCAACGGAGAAGUGCGGCAGUGCAACCUGCCUCACUGCCGCACCAUGAAGAACGUGCUCAACCACAUGACUCACUGCCAGGCUGGCAAGACCUGCCAAGUGGCGCAUUGUGCCUCAUCAAGACAGAUCAUCUCUCAUUGGAAGAAUUGCACGCGACAUGACUGUCCUGUAUGCCUGCCUUUGAAAAACGCUGGAGACAAGAGGAACCAGCAAUCGCUUGUCAGCAGCGCAGGGCUCGGUUUGGUGAACUCGUUAGGUUCAGGGGUGUCAGGUGGACAGUCCAGUACUCCAAACCUGAACCCGCCAAACCAGAUCGAUCCCAGCGCCAUAGAGAGGGCCUAUGCUGCCCUCGGCCUUACCUACCAGGGCAACCAGAUGCAACAGCAGCCUUCCCAGGCCAACAUGCCAAACCAGGGACUGCAAGGGCAACCUGGGAUGCGCAAUCUGAAUGCCAUGGGAGGAAACUCUCUUGGAGUGAAUGGCGGCGUGCAGGCCCCGAACCAUCAGACGUCCCUUCUGCCAGAUGCUAUGUUGCAAAACAGCUUGAACGCGCAGAGUUUGAUGAAUGAUGGUGUGGGGAACCUGGGCUCCAUGCCGACUGCGGCGCCUCCUUCUGCGGCCAUGAGGAAGUCCUGGCACGAAGACAUCACGCAAGACCUCCGCAACCACCUUGUGCACAAGCUGGUGCAAGCCAUCUUUCCCACUCCUGACCCCGCUGCCCUGAAGGACCGCAGGAUGGAAAAUCUGGUGGCGUAUGCUCGAAAAGUAGAGGGGGACAUGUACGAGUCGGCCAACAGUAGGGCGGAGUACUACCACCUCCUAGCAGAAAAGAUUUACAAGAUCCAAAAGGAGCUUGAGGAGAAGAGGAGGACUCGUCUCCAAAAGCAGGGAAUGAUGCCUGGGCAACCUGGCUUGGUUUCACCUGGCUUCCCACAGAUACCACCUCCCAGCCUGGGUCAGCCUCCCAUGGCCCCGGGGCCACCUCCAAACGGUCCUCAUGCUGAUCCGUCCAUGAUCCGACCUGCUGGACCCAACAGGUUGCAGAACCCAGCAGGAGUCAACCAGUUUGGUCAGAUGGGGAUGCAGUCAAUGGGUCAGAGGUCGACACCUCCUCUUCCCCUCAAUGCGCCAAUGAACCAGAUGGGUUUGGGCUCAACAAGGAUGGGCCAGCCAAAUGCCACGCAGCUCCAGACCCAGUACCUCCCGCCAGGCCAGUUUCCUGGGUCCAGUCCUGGGCUCGGUGCUGGCCCUGUUGGCGUGAACCAGCCUGGAUCACAGGCCGCUGUGCCGCUGCAGAACCAGUUGUCGACUCCGCCUUCCCUCCCAGCCGGCAGCCCUUCAGCACAGUCUGCCACACCUGCCCCGUGCUCGGCAGCCUCGCUGGGGCCUGCCGGUGUCAGUGGUGCAGCGCCUCCGUCCUCCGCCUCCAACCAGCCCAACACCUUUCCUCACUGCACGCCCAUGCGAACAAACUCUCCCUCGCCUGCACGCAGCUUAACGCCUCAACCUCAUCAGACCGCUCCCAGCUUACCUCGCUCUCAGACGCCACAGCCGCCGACCCCGACUACGCCCCAGUUGCCUCCUCAGCACCAACAGCAGGCGUCGCAGAACUCUGACAAGGCUAGCCAGCUGCCACAGCAGACACUUGGGGGCGCCACUACCUCAGGCCCCCAGGUAGGUCAGGCUUCUUUGGGGCCUUUCCAGAAUGCACAUGUGCCCCUUCAGCUGCCAGAGAGCCCAGCGUCUCCAAAGCCUCCUGUAACGGCAGACGCUCAGGUGUCUUCUCCAGCCUCCGUCAGCAGCGGCGCUAAUCCCAGCUCCCAGCUCGCCCCGCCGGACUGUCCCGCUCCCAGCCAAGAAGAUGGCAAAAUGGAAGUGAAAAAGCAGGAGGACGAGGAAGAGGAGGACAGUGCAGAAAGCCAAGAGGAGGGCAAGGCUCUCGGGAAGACGGGCAAAGUUGAGCCUGACGUACAAACGGAGAAGGUUGAGAUAAAGAAAGAGGAUGUAUCUGGAGAUGGGUGCAAAGCAGAGGCCAUGGAUACAUCUUCGUCCUCUGCCUCCUCCUCCUCCUCCUCGUCCGCUGAAACGGGCGAAGACAAGAAGCCGGAGGUGAAAAAGGAGCCCAAAGAACAAGAUGAGGCAUCGGAUUCCACGACCUCCCCAGCCAGCACUCAGAGCAAAAAGAAAACCUUUAAGCCAGAGGAGCUACGUCAGGCUCUGAUGCCCACCUUGGAGGCUCUGUACCGGCAGGACCCCGAGUCCCUCCCUUUUCGCCAGCCGGUGGACGCCCAGUUACUGGGAAUACCCGACUACUUUGACAUCGUGAAGAACCCCAUGGACCUGUCCACCGUCAAGCGCAAACUGGACACGGGGCAGUACCAGGAGCCCUGGCAGUACGUGGAGGACAUCUGGCUGAUGUUCAACAACGCCUGGCUGUACAACCGCAAGACCUCGCGAGUCUACAAGUACUGCUCCAAGCUGGCCGAGGUCUUUGAGACGGAGAUCGAUCCCGUCAUGCAGGGCUUAGGCUACUGCUGCGGACGCAAGUUUGAGUUUUCCCCCCAAACUCUAUGCUGCUAUGGAAAACAGUUAUGCACCAUCCAGCGCGAUGCUGCUUAUUUUAGCUACCAGAACAGUUCACCAAAAUAUGGGCUUCUUGCUGACAGGUACCACUUCUGUGAGAAGUGUUUCAACGAAAUCCAGGGCGAGACCGUCUCCCUGGGCGACGACCCCUCCCAGCCUCAAACGUCCAUCAACAAAGACCAAUUCCAACGAAAAAAGAACGACACACUCGACCCCGAGUUGCUGGUGGAAUGCAGCGACUGUGGUCGUAAAAUGCAUCAGAUCUGUGUCCUGCACCAUGAAACCAUUUGGCCUUCAGGCUUUGUGUGCGACAGCUGUCUGAAGAUGGCCAACAAGACGCGCAAAGAGAACAAAUAUGCAGCUAAAAGGCUUCCUCAGACCAAGCUGGGCAACUUUUUGGAGACGCGAGUGAACGACUACGUCAAACGUCAGAACCACCCUGAAUCUGGCGAGGUCACCAUCCGUGUGGUGCACGUCUCAGACAAGGUGGUGGAGGUCAAACCAGGCAUGAAGUCCAGGUUUGUGGACAGCGGCGAGAUGGCCGAGUCCUUCCCGUACAGGACCAAGGCCCUGUUCGCUUUUGAGGACAUCGAUGGCACGGAUGUGUGCUUUUUCGGCAUGCACGUUCAAGAGUACGGCUCAGACUGCCCACCGCCCAACCAGAGACGAGUGUACAUCUCCUACCUGGACAGCGUUCACUUCUUUAAACCGCGACACCUCAGGACCGCCGUCUACCACGAGAUCCUGCUGGGCUACCUGGAGUAUGCCAAGAGGCAGGGGUAUACAACGGGUCACAUCUGGGCGUGUCCUCCCAGUGAGGGUGACGAUUACAUCUUCCAUUGUCACCCAAUGGACCAGAAGAUCCCCAAGCCCAAAAGGCUGCAGGAGUGGUACAAGAGGAUGCUGGACAAGGCUGUGUCCGAGCGCAUAGUCCACGACUACAAGGACAUCUUCAAGCAGGCCACCGAGGACCGCCUCACCAGUGCCAAGGAGCUGCCAUACUUUGAGGGAGAUUUCUGGCCCAACGUGCUGGAGGAGAGCAUCAAGGAACUGGAGCAGGAGGAAGAGGAGAGGAAGCGGGAGGAGAACAGUACCUGCAAUGAGAGCACAGAUGCCACAAAAGGAGACAGCAAGAAUGCCAAAAAGAAGAACAAUAAGAAGACGAGCAAGAACAAGAGCAGCUUGAGCCGAGCCAACAAGAAGAAGCCGGGGAUGCCCAACGUUUCCAACGACCUAUCGCAGAAACUCUACGCCACCAUGGAGAAGCAUAAAGAGGUCUUCUUCGUCAUCCGACUCAUCGCCGGCCCCACCGCCAACUCCCUGCCCCCCAUCACCGACACCGACCCCCUGAUGGCGUGCGACCUGAUGGACGGUCGCGACGCCUUCCUGACGUUGGCCAGGGACAAGCACCUGGAGUUCAGCUCUCUCCGGCGCUCCUUGUGGAGUUCCACGUGCAUGCUGGUGGAGCUCCACAACCAGAGCCAGGACCGCUUUGUGUACACUUGCAACGAGUGUAAACACCACGUGGAGACGCGCUUCCACUGCACCGUUUGUGAGGACUACGACUUGUGCAUCACCUGCUACAACACCAAAGGCCACGAGCACAAAAUGGACAAGCUGGGUCUCGGCCUGGACGACGACAGCAACAACGCGGCGUCGGCAGCCACCCAGAGUCCGGGGGACUCUCGCCGCCUCAGCAUCCAACGCUGCAUCCAGUCGCUGGUCCACGCCUGCCAGUGUCGCAACGCCAACUGCUCGCUGCCGUCCUGCCAGAAGAUGAAGCGCGUGGUCCAGCACACCAAGAGCUGCAAGCGCAAGACCAACGGCGGCUGUCCCAUUUGCAAGCAGCUCAUCGCCCUCUGCUGCUACCACGCCAAGCACUGUCAGGAGAACAAGUGUCCCGUCCCCUUCUGCCUCAACAUAAAGCAGAAGCUGCGGCAGCAACAGCUGCAGCACCGACUCCAACAGGCCCAGAUGUUGAGGAGGAGGAUGGCCAGCAUGCAGAGGGUAGGACAGCCUGCUGGGGGCCAACCAGGGGGACCUGUUAUGGGGCUUCCAUCACCCGGUACCAAUGGCAUCACUGCACCCAGUACUCCGACAUCUGUGGGUACUCAGCCUCCGACUCCUCAGACGCCAACUCAGACCAUGCCCCCGGUCCCUCAGCAAGGGUUGGGCCCUGGACCUGGAGCCCAACAACCACCUCAGCAGGGCGUCAUGCCACCUCAGCAGCAGCUUCACCACCAAUUUCAUCCGAUGCCGGGUGGAGGAGGGGGUGGGCCAGGGGUCAUGAUGGGCUCCCCGCAACAUCCGCACCAGAUGCUCACGCAGGUCCAACAGCAGCCAAGUGGCGCCGGAAGCAACCAUCAGCAGCUCCACCAGCACCCCAACAGUGUUCCUGCGUAUGCUAGCAGACCCCCAGGCUCCUCCCCCAUCCACCAUUCCCAAGGAAAGCCGGUUCUUGGGUCCGCCACACCUCCUCGGCAACAACCCGGUUGCUCUGUCAUGGCGGGAAAUGUCGGGGGCCAACCCCCCAACCAGCCCCAGCUCCAGGGCCAGCCUGCUCUUCCACAGCAGCAGCAACAGCAGGCGCUGCCCUCUGGUCCCCCACCUGCCGCAGUAGAGAUUGCCAUGAAGAUCCAGAGAGUAGCUGACGCUCAGAGAAAGAUGGCUCUGCAGAGACAAGCGGCUGCGGCUUUGAUGCCUUCUCACGCCCACCACCAACAGGGCCAACAGCAGAUAGCCAUGGGACACCCGGGGAACGGGGCGGCAGGCGGGCAAACACAAGCCGCUGUGCAGUCGGCUCGCGCACACAUGGAUCAGCAACAAGGUGCGCCAGCUGGGAUGAUGGCUGCAGCUGGUGGGCCCAUGCAGCAGCAGCAACCGCAACAAGGCAACCAGAUCCCAUCUCAGGUGCAGCUUCAGCAGCAAAGGAUGGGCGCCCCGCUUCAAAACCAGCAACAGUGGACAGGCCAAGGUAUGCCACCCCAGCAGAGGCAGGCCAUGAUGAACCAAAUGGGCCAUCAAGCGUUGAUGUCGGUGCAGCAGCAGCAGCAACAACUGCAGCAGCAACAACAACAACAACAACAACAACAACAACAACAACAACAGCAUCAACAUCAACAGCAGCAGCAACAAGCUCAAAGCCAUACCGCCAUGAUGAACAUGGCACAGCAGCCGCAAGGUGCUGUUGGUGGGGUGCCAGGUGGAACUGGUCCAGGAGCAGGUCCAGGAGCAGGUGCAGCUGGAAACAUCACCCAGGCGGCCUUACACGAUCUUCUACGCACUCUUCGCUCCCCCAGCUCUCCUCUCCAGCAGCAGCAGGUCCUCAACAUCCUGCGCUCCAACCCUCAACUCAUGGCCGCCUUCAUCAAGCAGAGGGCCUCGAAAUACAAGGGAGGCCAGGGGGGACCCGGUGGCCCGGGCGGCGUACCAGGAGGACCUCCUGGACCCACAGGGGGUCCCGUCGGUAACGUCAUGGCGGGCGGUGGCCCGCAGGCGAGCGGCCAGCCAGGCAUGCACAUGGGCAGCCAGGGGGGUGCGAACGUCAACAUGGCCACCAUGGCUCAGCUGCAGCAAGUCCAGCAGCAGCAGAUGCAGCAACAGCUGCAGCAGCAACAACAACAGAUGCAACAACAACAGCAGCAGCAGCAGCAGCAGUUGCAGCAGCAGCAAAGACCAGUUCUUGGUUUACAGCAGCAGCAAGUUGCAGCUCUGCAGCAGCAGCAGCAGCAGCAGCAGGCAGCAGGAGGAAGAGGUCCGCAGGGUCAAGGACCCCAGAUGGCAAAUCUUAACAAUCCCCAAUUUCGAGAGCUGCUAAUGAGGAGACAUCUGCAGCAGCAGCAGCAGCAGCAGCAACAACAGCAAAUGGGAGUUAACCACGGGCAGUUUCAGCAGCCACAGCCGCCACAGGGCCAAGGCUACAUGGGACAACCUGGGAUGCAACCUCCCCCGGUGGGACAGGGGCCCCCGGGAGGUUCUCAGCAGCCCGGGGGUCCCCCCGGCCAGCAGGGUCAAGGGUACCCAGGCUCUGCACAGCAGCAGGUCACAGCUGCGCUGCAGCAGAGGAUCCAGCAUCAACACCACCUCCAGAUGCAGCAGCAGCAGCAGAACGCCAUGGUGGGGCUGCCAGGGGGCGAUUCGGGGCCCGGUGGUGGCGGGGUGGGACCCCAGCAGUCGCCCCAGGGUCCCCAGAGCGGCCAAAGUGGCCCCCCACCUUCGCAGGCCCUUCUCCAGCAGGCGCUCCACCAGAGGCUGCUCCAACAGCAGCAGCAACAUCUGGCAGCAGGAGGCUCGCCGGCGCAGCACAGCAACCCCAUGAGCCCCCAGCAGCCCCCGCAGAUGGCCCAGUCCCCCCACCCGCACCUGCAGGGCCAGGCGCUCCCCACGUCCCUGGCCAACCAGGUGCGCUCCCCACAGCCCUCGCCCAGACCCCAGUCGCAGCCGCCACACUCCAGCCCGUCCCCGCGCAUGCAGCCCCAGCCGUCCCCGCAUCACAUAUCUCCCCAGAUGCAGACGGGCUCCCCCCGCCCGGCCCACCUGAACCAGCACCACCCGGGCAUGGGGGUCCCGCCUCCUCCUCUUCCGCAGCAGAACUCCAUGGAGCAGUUUGGCUCCGACCAGAGCGCCAUGUUGUCUCAGCUGAGCGGCAUGGCGGGUCUACACGGGCAGGGGGGCGGCGGUCAGGACCCCCUCGGCCAGAGUAUGAACCAUAACCCUUUAGACAUCAUGUAGGAAUUCUACUUCCUGUCUCGCACAAACUGCACUCAUCCAGGACAGUGUUAUCCUUUUUUAGAAUGUUAUUUAAAAUGUUUCAAUAAAGAUGAACUUCCUGUGGGAGAUGAACGAGGAAAUCGAGCAGUCGUUACGAAAAGUAGAAGACAUAAUUAUAAGUUAUUGCUGUUUAAUAUAUUUUUGGGGGCGUGGUCUAACAGAAUAUGAAAGGUUAUAAUAUUUUUGGAGGUUUCCGGGGGUUAACUUGCCUUUUUAAAACUGUUUUUAAGUGUUUUGGAUUCAAGCAAAUCUUGUUUUGUGUCCCAACAGGGGGUCAUUAUUAUUAUUAUUAAUAUUCAUGUGAACCCAAACAUAUCUUCCUUUUUAUUUAUUGUUUUUGGGGCCGGGGGGGGUCCUGUACCUUGACCCUUCUAUAGAAAUAUAUUUUUGUUAUUAAAAGUUCAGACGGGGUAGUUUUGCUUUCACUUUAGCGAGAUGAACAUGUUUGAGUGACAUCAGGCCCCGCCCCCAAGGGACAGCCGCCAUGCUGGGAAGUCACCAAGACGCAGACCCCCCUCCCUGGAAUGUGUGCACUCCUUCCUUCAGACCCUUGACAGGAGCCCGGGAGGCUUGGGGAGGUGGGCUGCAUUCCUGUGUGCCUCGGAACCUUCCACGACAUGGGCUGUGAAAACCAGCGUGUUGUCUUUUUUCCUCAUAAUUCUCCUGUUUGGAUCCAAAAGAAGUUGCACAGGAAGGAGGAAAGAUUUCUUCUCCGUCUUUCUGCCGCUUCCCUUUGCUGCUGCCCUCGGACUCUGCCCCCCAAAGUCCGGUCUCUAUCUUUCUGCGAAGAACUUUGGGAGUUUAUUUAAUAUUUUUUACUGUACAACGGAAACACAAACUGUGGACUUAAAUACUGUUUUUUAUAAUAAAAUCAAAAUGACCAAUA